AUGUACGGGAAUGAAUCACGCAAUGUGUUAUACAUAUGGUCGCUCGAGAAAAUUGUCAACAAUGAUGUAUGGAGUUGGGAUUUGAAGCACAAAAUUAAUAUUUAUGAUUUGACUAGUGGUAUUUUGCUUAACAAAGCAGAUGCCCCUGAUGGUUGUCAUUGGAUUGGGCCAGUUGCUUUUGAUCCACACUCAAAUGUGAUCUACAUGGGCAGCUCUCUUGUUAUCCUCAGAUGCAACCUGGACGAGGAUUAUAGUUUGAAGGAGGUGAGUAGAGUGGAUGGGAAUGUCAUGUUUCUUCCUGGAUGCCACUGUCGAGCUUUCCCUUACUUUCGAUGGCUUCUUUCAUUCACCGAUGCUGGAGAUGCUUGUGAUCGGAGUUUUUUCAACACCAAAACAGCCCCUCCCUCGACUGUUACAAAUGCGGCUGGCACUAUUGCUCCCAAUCGUGCUUAUGAAGCGUGGCACACUCAAGAUCAGAGGCUUCUCAGUCUUCUUCUCUCCUCUCUCACAGAAGAAUCAAUGGCGGAGGUCAUUGGAUGCUCUACCUCGCGUACCGUUUGGCUUGCUUUGGAAGCGGCCUACAACCACUGCUCCAAAUCUCGCGAACUGCGCCUAAAAGAUGAUCUUCAACUCAUGAAAAAAGGUGAUUGUCCCAUUUUUGAAUACAUUCGCAAAUUUAAAUCCAUAUGCGAUCAACUUGCGGCCAUUGGUCGUCCGGUUGAUGAUACCGAUAAAGCCCACUGGUUUCUACGUGGCCUCGGCUCUGAUAUUUCAAGCUUCUCGGCUGCACAGAUGGCUCUCACGCCCCUCCCUACCUUCCGCAACUUUCUCUCCAAAGCAGAAAGUUUUGCUCUCUUUCAAGAAUCUUUUGCUUCCUCUGGUGCAUCAAAUGUCGCCUUCUACAGCCAACACAAACCGUCUGGUCAUUUUUCCACUCCCUCACGUGGUCGUGGAAAUGGUUCUCGCGGUCGUGGUCGUGGGCGACAUUCGAAUCCCCACCACGCUGCCAAAUUUUCCGUGUGGAUGGUCGUUAUGCAACUUCUUGUCCGGAGCGCUAUACUCAACCGCCUCAUUCCUUUACCGCCGCCAACUUAG